GGGAGGCGCGAGCCGCCAGCCGCGAGCGGCUCCGGGGCUGCCGCCGCCGCCGCCGCCACCGCGCAGACCACCCUUGCCCUCUGGAAGGUCACUCUGGGGAGCUGCUUGGCAGCAUUUUGGUGUGUUCUGGAGUGGAGAUCUCUGCCACAAAGUAAAACCAGAUGUUUUCUAGCUGACUCCAGAAAACGUCCUCUCAACACAGCAGAGGAACACUGCUACGGCUGGUUCCCCAAGCUGCAAGGGUGCUGUCGUGACAGCGGGAUCCCCAUACCAGCUUUGCCUGCGCUUGCCUGACAAGCAGCUCGCUGCAACCACCAUGGAGAGGUCGUGAUCACCUAGUGCUCCGUAGCUGUAAGGCGGCUUCGAGAUGGCGGCUCAGAGGAUCCGGGCAGCCAACUCCAGCGGCCUGCCACGAUGCAAGUCGGAGGGGACACUCAUCGACCUCAGCGAGGGGUUCUCAGAAAACAGCUUGAGCGACGUCAAAGUGCCUUCGCCUAGUGCCUUGUUGAUUGACAAUCCCACAUCCUUUGGAAAUGCAAAGGAAGUAAUAGCAAUCAAAGAUUACUGUCCAACUAAUUUCACCACUUUGAAGUUCUCCAAGGGGGACCACCUCUAUGUCUUAGACACAUCAGGAGGCGAGUGGUGGUAUGCUCACAACACUACAGAAAUGGGUUACAUCCCUUCCUCCUAUGUCCAGCCUGUAAACUACCGCAACUCUUCCUUAACAGACAGUGGGAUGAUAGACAAUCUACUGGAGAGCCCUGACGAGGGAGUCAAGGAGUUGGACCUGCUUGGAGAAUGGACUGAUGUGAAAAGAAACUCUGCCAAAACCUACAAUAACAAUCCUUUCUUGAAUGGAGUCCAGACGAACCCAUUUCUUAACGGGAAUUUGCAAACAAUGCCCAGUUCUGACUAUGAGUCCAACUCCAAAGCUGCUGUUGACUUGCUGCUCUUUGACACAGGAGCUCCUAAUUCAGCAGUUUCCAGCUCAGCUGCUAAUAGCAGCAUGGGUAACAUUUUCGAUGAGUUUCCAUCUACAAACAGGCUGGAGCUGGAACAGACUGCGAAACGAGACAAUCCCUUCUUCAGAAGCAAACGCUCCUACAGUUUGUCUGAGCUGUCUGUUCUUCAAGCAAAGUCAGACACUCCGACGUCAUCAGGUUUCUUCAGCGGCUUGAAGUCUCCCACUCCAGAGCAGUUCCAGAGCCGGGAGGAUUUUAGGACCGCGUGGCUGAAUCAUAGGAAGUUGGCCCGGUCUUGCCACGACUUGGAUUUGCUUGGUCAAAAUCCUGGCUGGGGUCAGACACAACCUGUGGAGACCAACAUUGUCUGCAAACUGGAUAGCUCUGGUGGAGCUGUUCAGCUUCCAGACACCAAUAUCAGCAUCCAUGUGCCAGAGGGUCAUGUGUGCCCUGGGGAAACACAGCAGAUCUCCAUGAAAGCGAUGCUGGAUCCGCCACUGGAGCUGAAUAGUGACAAGUGCAGCACCAUCAGUCCGGUCUUGCAGAUCAAACUCAGCAAUAUGGAGGUGAAAACCUUCAUCAUUCUGGAGAUGAAGGUGUCAGCAGAGGUCAAGAAUGACAUCAUGAGCAAGAGUUUGGUGGGAUUGCAGUGCCUGCGGAGCGACAUGAAAGAGGGGCCAUACACACCAAUGCAGCUGAGCUAUUCAUAUGGGGACACAAUACAAGUCCAGCUGGAGAAUCUGGAGCCUUGCAUGUACAUCGCAGCCGUAGCCCAAGGGCAGAACAUCCUCUACCCUUACACUGUAUGGGAUUACAUCAGCAAGAAGAUCACGAUUGGUGUUUAUGGCCCGAAACACAUCCACCCUUCCUUUAAAACUGUCGUGGCUGUGUUUGGGCAUGAAUGUGCACCCAAGACUCUCCUGGUGAAUGAGGUCACACGACAGGCUCACAAUCCUGCUCCCGUUGCUCUGCAGCUUUGGGGUAGACAUCAGUUCACUUUGUCUCGGCCUCAGGACCUCAAAAUCUGCAUGUUCUCCAACAUGACCAACUAUGAGGUAAAAGCUAGUGAGCAAGCCAAAAUUGUGCGAGGCUUCCAGAUGAAGCUGGGCAAGGUCAGCCGCCUUAUUUUUCCCAUCGCGUCUCAUGAUCCCAAUGAGCUCUCGGACUUUACACUGAGGAUACAGGUCAAGGAUGACAAGGAUGCCAUUUUGACCCAGUUCUGUGUCCAGACGCCUCAGCCGCCUCCUAAAAGUGCCAUCAAACCCACAGGGCAGAGGCGGUUCCUCAAGAAGAAUGAGGUUGGUAAGAUCAUCCUUUCACCUCUGGCUGCCACUGCCAAGUACCCAGUUUUUCAGGACCGGCCAGUGUUGAGCUUGAGGUAUGGCAAACUGCUGAAAACUGUGGUGCGGCAAAAUAAAAACCACUAUUUGCUGGAAUACAAGAAAGGAGACGUCAUAGCCCUCCUCAGUGAGGAGAAGAUCAGGUUGAAAGGGCAGCUGUGGACAAAGGAGUGGUACAUUGGCUACUACCAGGGGAAAAUAGGCCUUGUGCACACCAAAAAUGUCCUUGUGGUUGGGAAGGUCAAACCCAGCUAUUUCACCGGGCCUGAUCUCACUACUAGCUUGUUGCUUGAGCAAAUUCUGAGACCCUGCAAAUUUCUAACCUAUAUUUAUGCCUCAGUGAGGACUCUGCUCAUGGAGAACCUCAGCAGCUGGCGGUCGUUUGCCGAUGCGCUGGGGUAUUUGAACCUGCCACUCACGUUUUUCUGCAGAGCAGAGCUGGACAGUGAGCCAGAGCGAGUGGCCUCCGUGUUGGAGAAGCUGAAGGAAGAUUGCAACAACACUGAGAACAAGGAUAGGAAAUCUUUCCAGAAGGAGCUGAUGACGGCCUUGCUGAAAAUGGACUGUCAGGGGCUGGUCGUGAGGCUCAUUCAGGACUUCGUGUUGCUGACCACAGCUGUGGAGGUGGCCCAGCGCUGGAGGGAGCUUGCUGAGAAGCUAGUCAAGGUCUCCAAGCAGCAGAUGGAUGCCUACGAGGCCCCACACCGGGAUAAAACGGGGGUGGUGGAUAGUGAGGCCAUGUGGAAACCAGCAUAUGACUUCCUGCUCACCUGGAGUGGCCAGAUCGGGGAUAGCUACCGUGACGUGAUUCAGGAGCUGCACAUAGGGCUGGACAAAAUGAAGAACCCCAUCACCAAGCGCUGGAAGCAUCUCACUGGCACGCUGAUCCUCGUCAACUCCUUGGACAUGCUUCGGGCAGCUGCCUUCAGCCCACAAGACCAUGAAGAUUUUGCCAUUUAAGUGGGGUUUCCUGGAACGAUUCAUUCUUCCACAUCUCGUUUGUUGGUGGUGUCUUUAUUUUCUGCGUUUUCCCCCUUUUUUAGCAGUUGGUUUUAAAAAUAAGUGGAGAUUACUCUCCCCAGGUUUUAAGAGGCCAAAGUUUGCAAGUUCUCACCAGGACUGGAAAUCAGCAGGAGCUCUCCUAGUGAGAAGGCACCCAGAGUAGAUAUUUUUUCUAUGCUGUAGAGAAUUGAUACCGGUUAGACUAUUUCUAUUAAAAAAUUUAAAGCUGGCAAGGGGUGGAGAGGGAAGUGGGAGGGAAGGAUCACAAAAAGAGGACACAUUUUUUAGGCAAUUAAAAAUCUUAAUUUUUUAAUGAGCAGUAAAGGUUGUAACCUCUUUAGGGAGAAGUUGUUGCUGUUUUUAAUGUUGUAGAAACUGCUUUUAAAUUAUCGCUUUUGAGAUGAACAUGAAUCAUAUAAAUAUAUACUUAAGACAAAGCACAGUGAAUGCCCUCUCCCCACCUCUGCUGUCAAGACUUUGGCUAACCAUCAGGCAUGACUCUGUAAAACACCAAAUCAUCUUGGAUGUCUUCAACCCAGCAAGCCUCUUACACUGAAAAGAAGCUUUUUCUUUUUCUUGUCCAUAGGCCCCAUGACCCUUUUGGUUGUUUUUGUUUUUUGUUUUUUUUUUAAUGUACUUGCAAACAUGCAUUUUAUCUUUUGUGGAUGGAGAGAUGCUCAUUGCCUAUUUUCAAAUGCACAGGUACCAUUUUUAACUGGGAGAAUUGGUGUGGCCCCUCACAGCUGGCUGAGGUGAUAGUUCAUCCCAGCUGGUUGCUGCAGGGGAUGUCUGGAAGAAGCUGGAGAGAGUUUUGGUUCAACAGAGACCUGCUCCUUGCUGCCUUGUGAUAGAGGCUGGAAAGAUGCUGGGAAUGGUUAACCCUGCUAUUGCGGUAAACUGUGCUUGGACACCUCUCACCUGGACUUCAUGUUCUGGGGCAGUGGCCAGAAGAGCAGAAGGAGUUGUUGUAAUCUACGUAGCCCUUACAAAAAAAAAAAAAAAAAAAAAAAAAAAAGAGGAAAAAGAGAAAAUGUCUCACCGUCUCACCUAACUUGAAAUCCAAUCCAAAACUCACUGGGGACUUGUUAUUCACUGGAGAUCUGUUGUGCAACUUAAUGCUCAUUGCCAUUAAUUUCAGCGGGCUUUGAAUUGGGCUGUUCAAGGCUACUGAAUUCCAAUUUAACAUGUAAAGAUUCUUUGGUAUAAAGCCGGUGCCACUGAGUACUAUGUGGCACUAAGUGCCCAUACCUUUCCCCUUCUUUCCCCUUCUUUUUAUAGCUAACGCUUUUGAAUGACCUCCUCCUUCCUCCUGCUUCCCAGCUUUGGAAUAUUUUAGAUGGGAGGAAAAUAUUUUUGCACAGAAAGAUCACUUUAUUUUAAGUGCAAAGUUCCUUUAUAGCAAAAUGCUGCUACCACAGAAAGGUUAGUUGUUAAGGAUGCUUUUUUUUUUCAUGUCGAUCCAAAAAAAGAAAACCUCAAAAUUGGGAAAGAUAUGUCUUUUAAAUCCCAGAGUUUUAUACUAGUAGGAGCACACAAGAAACGGGUUACUGUGGCCUUGCUGCCAAGCAGGAUGGGCAUUUAUCAGCCAGGUGCAGGAGAUGGUAACCUUAGUCUUUUGUUUCUCCACUGCAAAGCUUAGGAAGUUGCAGGUGACAUUAGCUCCCCUGCUAGAGCUGUGCUUGGGACAAUUUGGCUGGCUCGUAUCGUGUGUCUUCUCCCUGUGACCUAAGAUACAGGCAGCUUGAUGCAAUAAGCCUGGUCCGGGCAGUACAUGGGUAUUUAAUGGGCUCUUGGUACAUCAGUGGGUCAUGCUAGCAGGACAGUCUCUGAAGGGAAUGGUCCUCUUGCAAAAAGCAGCCUGUCUGCUCUCAUAUCCUCUUCCCCAAAACAGGUCCCUGGAAACAGUUGCACUCACUGGACCUGACAAAAAGUAAAUAGCACCUUACUUUCUCCUCAGGGGCUUUAAGGAGUUUCCUAUGCAACUUACUGUAGCACAGAAAUAGGGUCUGUCAGGCACCUGAGCCCACGAUGUAUCUGCUUUUUAUCUACAAGAAUAGGCCACCAUAAGAGCAUGUUUUCCAUGCAUCAAGCAAAAAUCUCCUUUGCAAUGAGGAAAACUUCCUGUAAGAGAAAGGUUGAGCACAUGCUGACAGGCGGAUCUGCUAACAGACCAGCUCAUGGACAUGCCAUGCAGUUUUUCUCAUAUGCUUUACCCAAAUAUUGGCUUUUGCUUUUUGAAAGGCUUGUACUAUAUGAGGUUUGGUCCUGCGAACAGAGCUGUGCUGGUCCAGAGCUCUGCAGAACAACCUCACUGACGCUUGGCUGAGGCUCUUUGAGGGCUUGAGCCAGGCCAGGUUGCUUGAGGCAAACAAGGAAAGAGGUAGGAGCAAAGGCCUUGCUUGUCUCCUCAGCAGCCAUUAGCUCCCCAGGGCAGAAGUUUUAGUCUCCUGCAGUUCUGACAAGUUAGGGACAUCCCUGAAUAAUUUCAGCAUUUUGUUUUCCCCCUUGUUUUUUCUAACUACCUCAAGUACCCUGUACACCCAGCUUAACAUUUCAAUGGCAGCCUAAAAGAUACCAUGCUCAGCUCUUCUGCUGUAUGCAUCUGCCCUCACCCUUCCUGAGAACCACAUGAGCUCAGCAUCACAUUUGGGGAUCCAUGAACUAAUCGCUGUGUUAAUUUGUCCCCAUUCUCAAUCAGAAAUCCAGUCUCUGCUCAUGUAGUGGGACUGAGUGUACAUCCUUCAAACGCCUUUUGCCCACUAAGCGUCAUGCCCUUCUCCAAAACUUUGGUCUGGGCUUUGCAUUACUACAGUUUGUGCAGUAACUGGUUAUUGUACUUAAAUUUUAACUUUUUUUUUUUUUUUUUUUUUUAAGAAAAACGUUUUGGAAAAAAAAAUAAUUGUGAUUAAAGCUGUUGUUAUUCCAGUGCUA